AGAGCCGGGGCGGGGCUUGCAGGGGCGCCGGCGUCGCGCGGCAGGUAGGGCCGGGAGCGGCGGUGCGGGGCGGCCUGGGCGGGGGGCGGCUGUGAGCGGCUGCUUCACGGGGCCGCCGUGCCUCACGGAGCGCCGGGCCGCACCGCCGGGCCUCAGCCCGGAUGAACGGAGCGGAGGCAUCCCGGGAGGACGGCCCGGGGCUGAGCUGCUUCCACGAUGUUUGCCCGGUGCACCUGGAAGCGUGCGAGCUCCGUGCUGCUGAUUGCACUGCUGAGCUGCGUCCUUUCUCCUCCAGCACAGGCUGCAAAGAGCUCAGAGGACAUCCGCUGCAAAUGCAUCUGUCCCCCAUACCGGAACAUCAGCGGGCACAUUUACAACAAGAAUGUGUCACAGAAGGACUGCAACUGCCUGCAUGUUGUGGAGCCCAUGCCAGUGCCUGGGAACGAUGUGGAGGCAUACUGUCUGCUGUGUGAGUGCAAGUAUGAGGAGCGCAGCACCACCACCAUCAAGGUCGUUAUCAUCAUUUAUUUGUCCGUGGUGGGGGCACUGCUACUCUACAUGGCUUUCCUUGUGCUGGUGGACCCUCUGAUCCGAAAACCGGAUGCUUACACGCAGCCCCUGCACAAUGAGGAGGAGAACGAGGACUCUCGCUCCUUGGCUGCAGCCCCAACCCCGUCAGGGGCCAGAGCCAACACAGUGCUGGAGAGGGUGGAGGGAGCCCAGCAGCGCUGGAAGCGCCAGGUGCAGGAGCAGAGGAAGACAGUUUUUGACCGCCACAAGAUGCUGAGCUAGAGGAGCAGCAGUGCAGCACCAAGACACCGGGUAGCUCAGCAGAUAGAGACAGACAGCAAGUCAUCCUUCAGGACAGCCGUGGUGUUGGCCUGAAAGCUCUAACCCUCUCUGAUUUACCCUUUUGUAGAGAGGGGCAGGCCAAAGUGCUUGUCCCUGGUUUUUGUCCCCUUGCCCUGUACAUCUCAGCCCAUAGGCUGAGACCUGCACUGACUGCUGGCCCUGGCUGCAUGUAAACGGCCACGCACAGCUCUGCCACCCCACUGCGGGGGUCACGGGGGGCUGCAGCUCCAGGGCGCUGUGCCACAGGCACUGCUUGCUGGGGCUGACGUCUCCAUCAGCCCUGUGUUCAAGAGUCUUGGUGUGGAGUUUAGUGGGAUAAAUUAUACGGUGCUGCUCCAGGAUGAAGAAGCCACCUCCAUCUCCAAUUUGCACUGAUGUUAAUUGGGAAUUCCAAAGCACGAGACACAUGCACUGCACGUAGGAUCCCUGCUGCUGGUCAGCUGCUGCUUGCACUUACUCUGGUGUAACCUGUGUGGAUUUCCAUGUUAUUCAGUGGAGUUCCUCCAGAUUUACACCAGCAUAACAGAGCCUGCAAUUUGUUUCUGUGCAGGAGAGCUGCACAGAGCCCAUUAGUAGAUUAACAAGUAAAAGAACAGGUAUGCUGAUUUACAUUUCUAUCUCUGUUUACCUCCUUUAGCAGCAGAUAAAAAUACACUGGGGAGAAAGCUUUUGGUUUGUAACCCUGUUUGUAACCCGUGACAUUCACACAGUGCAUGAAAGGCAUUGUGUCCAAGAGAAGUGGGGCAGUGGCUUUGCUGGAGCACACCUUAUCUCUGAAUUGGAGAGAUGUGGGUUUGAAGGCUGAGCUAUUCAGUGGAUAAAGAUCUUUCUUUCUUGGAGCUGGAACUGGAUGAUCUUUAAGGUCUCUCCUAACCCAGGUCAUUCUGUGGUCUGGAACUCAUAGCCCAAGGAAGGUCACCUUUGUGCUCCUCAAAACUCCCCUCUGACUGUGCUUCGGCUGGUGGAGGAAAACAAGGUGAUCCUGCAGCACGCAUCCCACUCAGAACACUUACAACGUCAGGAAGGUGCUGGAGUUUAUCAUGUAGCAUCUCUGUAUUAAAUGCAGACAAAGACCUUC